AUGCCACAGAACAACUUCAUCAUAAAGAAAAUAGUAUAUUUCUAUCACGAAGGACUCGCUGGUUCCGACCAAUUCAGUAACAAUUCGUGCAUACUCAGAACUUUGAAACAAUUGAAAGUUAAAACAGAGUUUCCCAAAAUGUCGGUUGGAGAUGUUUCCAAGGAAUUAGGCAAAAGAUGGAAAGUGUACGACAAAAUGGAACUGUAUCAUAACAUGGCAUUAAAAGACAAAGAGAGAUAUGAGAAGGAAAAAGCUUUAUCUGCUGGUGGAUUAGGGAAAUACGAGUCAAUGGGUGCAUUUGCAUUCGUACCAAGUAAAAAGUCAGCAGUUUCGAAGAAGAUCAUAAUAGUUGACGUCAUGUCUCUAGUCAAGAAACGCAAAGCUCAGACAGAAGUUGAUAAUGAUGACAACAAAAAAGGGCCAACAUUUCCUAAGAAAGCCACAAACGUUAACAAGCCCCCAGCCAAGAAAAGCAAACCUCAGAUAGAAGAUGAAAAUGAUGAUUUUUUAUAG